UGUGAGAAUAUCUAACGUGUCAUUUAAUUAUAUGGAGGAACUCAGCACUGGAGUUAUUUGACAAAAAAACUCAGUUAAUUCCUCAAUAUUUGUAGUCUAAUGGUACAUAAUUUCUAUCAGCUACCAAGCUUCGUUUUUGUGCUUGCCCGGAAGUGAGUUGUUCAUUUUGGUGGUCGUUACUGGUCAUUGUAGUUAUUCAUGUAUCGACUCGGAUGUUCUUGACGUGGCGUGGUGAAGAUUUGAAACUACAAUAACCAGUUUUCUGCAGAUAGAAGCAGGAUGUCAGAAGGGGAUAGUGCUGGAGAUGCAAUCCAUGGGAAGCCUUCGGCCAUCGGAGCGUUUUUCACACGGUUGGGGCAGAUUUACCAGUCCUGGUUGGACAAGUCGACGCCUUUCUCAGUGGGGCGAUGGACAGUGACUGUUCUUCUAGGUGCCAUAUACAUGAUAAGAGUGUAUAUAUUACAGGGUUGGUACAUAGUAACUUACGCUCUGGGAAUCUACCACCUCAACCUGUUCAUCGCUUUUCUGUCGCCAAAAGUGGAUCCCUCACUACUGGAUGAUGCAGAUGAGGGGCCGGCUUUACCUACCAAGCAAAAUGAAGAAUUUCGACCUUUCAUCCGAAGGUUGCCUGAGUUCAAAUUCUGGCAUUCUGCAACAAGAGGGGUGGUCAUCGCCAUGGUCUGCACAUUCUUCGAGGCCUUCAACGUUCCGGUGUUCUGGCCAAUACUCGUCAUGUACUUCAUAAUGCUGUUCUGCAUCACCAUGAAGAGACAGAUUAAGCAUAUGAUCAAGUACAGAUACCUGCCUUUCACACACGGGAAAAGGACAUACCGAGGCAAGGAGGACACAGGGAAAACUUUUGCUAGUUAAACAAUUUGCCAUCUGAAAUUACAAAAUCAUAUAACCAAUAAAUGAAGUGGGGGUGGUGGGGGUAAGGGGUGGGAGUUAAUAAAAAUUAAAAACAAAAAAAAGUCAAGGAAAAGAGUUUUGAUCCACUGUGACAGUGUUUGGUAGAAGGGAAGAUUGUCUGAGCCUUUGAUUAAAGGAUAUGGUGUGUGCGUUUUGGAGAAAAUGGCAUCGAUUUAAUUUUUUUGUGAAUGAAUGCACAUGUGUUCAUAGCCUUGCUGUGUGGUCGUGAAGGUACAGGAGUUUGUUUAGUUUUGGAUUGCAGUUAAUCGUCCUUUUGCUCUGCUCAGCGCUGUCACACUGGUGACAUCAUUCUUCCUGCGACAGUGAUUGAUAAAAAGAAAAGACAUUUUUAUCCAUAACCUCUGGUCGUUUCUUGAUCUACCCAAUAUGGCUUCUCUUAGUCUAUCAAUCGAAAAGUCCUUAAUGUUGAAGAGAAUCUAUUAGAUCUAUAUGUAUUACUUGUGUCAAUUAUUUAUUACAGUCGUGUCUGUCAAAAAUUUCAGAGUUUACCAUAAUCAACUAAUUUUGCCUUGGUACUAACUUAUUUGGCUUCAUCAUCCGGAACACUGCUGCGGGCAUCUGUGACGAUAAAUUGUGAUCAAAACAACCUCCCAUCUCUCAGAAUAUUUGAUAAAUAUAGGUGUGUCUUUAAGGUAUUGCAGUCUGCCCAGAUAGAGUAGAGCUUCAGUGCCAAAAUGGAGGAUGUAACACUCCUCUUUCUCCUGCAGUCCUUUAUAACGCUUCAGCGCAGGCAGGCUCAAGCCCGUCUGUUUUCCCGCCGGUUAGGUUUGGCCAAGUGUCACACCGUACUGUGCUCAUUUACCUCAUGGUCCUUGUGCUAAGCGAAUCGUAAUCAUUCCCCCUAGUUUAGUAUUAACGCUCCCCUUGUGGUCUACUCUAAUGUUAAAUUAAGUACAAUGCAGGGUUUUACUUGCGACCAGAGAUUUUGUAAAAUAUUUUUUUUACAAUGGCCAUUAACCUACCAAAGAUCUAAGUAGGGACUGUUCAGUUAGUUUUCCAUAAAAGCCCAGAUUUAAGUUGCAUAGCCGGGUUCUUAAUGAAUCCAUGGCUAGGGGUCCAUUCCAUUAAGGCAUAGCACAGUAGAGUCCUGUAUAUUUUUUGGCAACCUGUCCUUUUCUUUUAUUGUAUCUAAUCAUUCCAGACAAAAACAUUUUUCUCCUCUCUCUCUCUUUCUUUGCAGAGCAAACAUAAGACAAGUUGCAUUCUUUUUAUUUUGGGGUCUUGCACAUUGGAGAGGGAUAUAAAGAAUUUUUUUAACCAUUUUGGGGGGCAUUUUUAUUAGAGGUUUUGUGAUAAAAUGGCUUAUUUGAAAACCUGGGAGAAAAUCUGAAAACCUGGAUCACCACUGUAGAGAAGGAUCAAAACAUUCUUUUUCCUGUCAAAGUGCAUCAUGUUUUCAAAGGGUUGUAGGCUAUUGAUUAUUUCUGUAUUCUGAAGGUUAAAUACUUUGAAAUUAUUCUGAACACUUUUCAAGUAAAGGUGAAGUUUCAAAAUGUGGAAUUCAUUAUGUUCUCUAAAACCGUAAAUUCAAUAAUAGCUUUAUAAAAUGUUACACAAUUGACAAAUUGCAUGUUAUUGUUUUUUUUUCAUGUACUACAGGUUUAAAAAAAGACAUGAUUUUAAUAUCUCAGUGUAAUUUUUCACUCCAAAUGCUAUUAAAGAGAGACUGUCCCUUUA